UCCUACUGUCAAGUCAAGCAAAUUAUUGACAAAAACCCACAUUUCAUAACAUGUGGGAUGUCUGAGUUGAGUAAUAACUGUCAAACAGCGACCAACCAAGCGUGAUAUUUACCGAGCAGCUGGAUUAAGUAAUUCCUUGUAAAACAUAAUGCAUCAUUUAUAAAAGGACAAAAAUAGGAACAAAAGCAGACUGUGAAAGACUCAGAUCUAAAACGAUUUUUUUCCGUGAGAAGAUAGAGAAUAUCCGAGAUUACAGAUAUGGGUCUAAGAAUUUUAAUUGCAUCUUGCCUUGUGGCAUUAGUAUGUGGAAAAUCAUUCGAUAAAGAAAAGCGAGAGGCCAGCCCCUGUGGUUAUGGAUGUCCAUCCAUGUGUGCUCCAGCCUGUGAACCAACGUGUUGUGCCCCACCCCCACCCCCUCCACCACCACCAUGUCCCGUCCCCGUUCCUGUGCCGUGCCCACAACCAGGACCCCCAGGACAACCAGGGUGCAUGGGACCACCCGGACUUCCCGGAUGUCGUGGAUUCCCCGGUAGUCCAGGAUGUAUGGGACCAAUGGGACCAAUGGGACCUCCCGGAGCACCCGGAUGCCCCGGUCUACCCGCUCCACCCCCACCGCCUUGUCCCCCCAUCUGUAUCCAUCAUUGUAUGAAGAUUUGCCCUCAGCCAUGCUGCACUCCACCACCUGUGUACAUUCCUCCCCCUCCACCACCACCUAUGCCAGUUUGUGCCCCGGCUUGCGCUCCUGCUUGCUGUAAAUAGAGCGUUUGAAAUCUGGAGAAGAGAGUUUUAGAUCGAUGACGUGCCCUGUGGGCAGAAUAGCAGACCAGUGGUUUGGAUUUUUGAUUUCAUGUUUUCAGCCCUGACUUCCUGAGGAACAAAAACUUGUAUUGAAAUUAUUUCUGUUUGAUACAUUGAAAAAAAUAAUAAAUAUCAGUUUCCAA